CAGCCAUUGAAGAACCUUUCACGCGAGCGACCAAGAGGAGAUAGAUAGACCAGAUCUGUCCGCCGUUCGUCUCCGAUCAACUGAAUCAGGAAACAAUGUCUUCGUACGAUAAUGUUGUGGGAGGGAAACUGAAGCUGAAAGGAAAAGCUCUUGACGUGAAGGCGGGGGGAAUGAAGAAGAAGAAGAAACAUAAUAAGAAGAAUUAUGAUCAAAUCACAUCUGUGACAGGAACGGAAUUGAACUCUGAUGGGACCACAGGAAUGUCAGGGAACGCAGAUGAUGAGGAUGACCUAGGUGAUUCCAACAACAGGGUUACUGGCGAUGGAAAUGCUACAGGCUAUCAAGUUCAUCUAACUCCAGCAGAGAAACGUUAUAUGGAGCAAAAGGAACAGAUCGAUGUGCACAAAUUGGCCAAGACUGCCAAUAAAUCACACCGCGAUCGGAUUCAGGAUUUCAAUCAGUAUCUGGCGAACAUGAGCGAACAUUAUGACAUUCCCAAAGUCGGUCCUGGUUAAUUGAUGAUGGUGCUUAUUGUUCUUUAUGGGGGUUGUGGGAAUGAUGAAUAAGCAUAUGUAACAACAACUGGCUCUUACACCCGUUAUCCACCACCAGUACGUGACUUUAAUUCUCAUUAAUCUUUUCCUUCAUGUUUGUAAUUGAUAUGGAUGAUAAUGAUGAUGUAUGUUUGUGUUGCUUAUUGGAACUUGGGAUUGAUUUUGUAAAGUGAUUUACAAGAUUUUUGAGUAAUUACAAUGUUCUUGCA